GUUGUCCUCCUUCACUUCAAAGGAGAGAGAGAGAGGGGUUUUUGUUAUUAUUAUUUAUUUUUAAUUUUGUCCCUUCUUCGUUUCAUUGUUUGUUCAAUUCUCUCUCUCUCAUCGCUUACACCCUCUGGCCCCUCCCUCUUGUUCCCCCCAUCCUCCAUUUUCCCACCCAAUUCGCUGUUUUCUAUCGAAUCAAACGCACAGAUUCCUGAAAUACCUCUUACCAGAUUCUCCUGGGGUUUUUUCGCCUUGGAUUUCAAAAAAUAUAAUAGCGGAAGCUGUGGUUUGUUGCGGGAGGAUAGCGGUGAAACAAGCAAAACGAGGAUGGAGGAGUCAAUUCCAACAAGAUAUUGGUGUCACAUGUGUUCUCAAAUGGUGAAUCCCAUCUUUGACGUGGAAAUUAAAUGCCCCUUCUGCCGUAGUGGGUUUGUUGAAGAGAUAGGUAACGGUAUUUCGAGUGACAAUAAUGAGCUUGAAUCCGAUUUUGGAUCGGAGCGAGCUUUGUCCCUUUGGGCCCCGAUCUUGCUUGGCAUGAUGGGAAAUUCCCGUGGGCGGCGUAGAAUGAGGCAUCUAGAGUUUGAUGAGGAUGAGGAGGAGAAUGAGAAUGAUGAUGGGGAGGGGCAUGGGCAUCGUGUGACUACUGAGGCUACUGAGUUGGACCGAGAGCUUGAUUCAAUCAUUAGGAGGAGGAGAAGUUCAGCUACCAUUUUACAGUUGCUCCAAGGUAUCAGAGCUGGAAUGGCAACUGAAUCAGAGAACUAUGAAGGAGACAGGAACAGAGAAAGAGAAAGAGAAAGAGAAAGAGAGCGGGUCAUUCUUAUAAAUCCUUUCAAUCAAACCAUUGUAGUUCAAGGAGGUCACACUGUGGAUCAAAACCCCAUGGGGUCGCUGGGUGAUUAUUUCGUUGGACCUGGUUUAGAUUUGUUAUUGCAAUAUCUAGCCGAGAAUGAUCCCAAUAGAUAUGGGACUCCACCAGCACAGAGGGAGGCAGUGGAUGCGCUGCCCACGGUGAGGGUUGAGGAUAGUUUGCAGUGUUCGGUGUGUUUGGAUGAUUUUGAGGUUAACGCAGAAGCCAAGGAGAUGCCGUGUAAGCAUAAGUUUCAUACUGGGUGUAUUAUGCCGUGGCUGGAGCUGCAUAGUUCUUGCCCAGUUUGUAGGCAUCAAUUGCCUGCGGAUGAAUCUAAGCGGGAUAUGGAUGGUGGGUCUGGGUCUGGGUCUGCUGCUAGGUUCAUGGGUGACCUUAAUGUUAAUGGUGGUGGCAGUGGUGACAUCGAGGCAGGCGUGGAUGGCAGAAAUGCAUCUGGGAGAAGGUUUCCGUUUCCAUGGCCCUUCAAUGGUUUGUUUUCUUCGCAAGGUGGAGGUGGAGGUGGAGGUGGAGGUGGAAACUCCUGGGAAAAUGCAGCUGGAGCAAGUACAAGUGACUCUCAAAGGGAUGAGAGUUCCAUUUGAUCAUAGUAUCAACUUGUUUCAUGUCCUGCUCCUGCUUCUGCCUGCUGAAUCAAUCUGUAAUCUGUAUGUAUGUAUGUAUGUAUAUGUUUGUCUUAUACUUUACUAUACAGAUGUUUUUGCCUCUGACUCCGAGUCCUACCCUUAGAACAGGAAUUCACCGCUGCUUUCUUUAAUCACCAUUCUUCUUUUUUGCCAUCUUU